CGGCCCGUGACUGCGCCUGCGCGGAGCCCGGGCCGUGCCCGCGCCCUCCGGGGGGCUUGUCGCCGGGCGGCCAUGGGGGAGGCCGAGGUGGGCGGCGGGGGCGCCCCGGGUGACAAGGGCCCCGGCGAGGCGGCCACGAGCCCGGCGGAGGAGACGGUGGUGUGGAGCCCCGAGGUGGAAGUGUGCCUCUUCCACGCCAUGCUGGGCCACAAGCCCGUCGGUGUGAACCGGCACUUCCACAUGAUCUGCAUCCGGGACAAGUUCAGCCAGAACAUCGGACGGCAGGUGCCCUCCAAGGUCAUCUGGGACCACCUGAGCACCAUGUACGACAUGCAGGCCCUGCACGAGUCGGAGAUCCUUCCGUUCCCGAAUCCCGAGAGGAACUUCGUGCUCCCGGAGGAGAUCAUUCAGGAGGUCCGGGAAGGCAAAGUGAUCAUGGAAGAGGAAACCAAGGAGGAGAUGAAGGAGGACCUGGACCCCCACGGCGGGGCCGACGAUGUUUUCUCAUCAGGGAGCUUGGGCAAAGCCACAGAAAAGCCCGGCAAAGACAGAGAGAAGAACUCGGAGCUGGGCUGCAAGGAGGGGGCGGACAAGCGGAAGCGCAGCCGGGUCACCGACAAGGUCCUGACCGCCAACAGCAACCCCUCCAGCCCCAGCGCCGCCAAGCGCCGCCGCACAUAGGCCCCAGCCCGGGGGCAGCCGGAGCCGGUGAGGAGCCGCGGCCGUCGAGGGCCGAGUGCCGGCGGCCAGCAGUGGGAAGCCCAGGUGGGCCCGCCAUGUCCACAGGCUGGACACACGCAGCUCGGUCCAGCGUCCAGCACGGGUGGGCCGUGGCAGCGGCCUGGGCCCGGGGCAGACCUGGACUUGGCGAGCCAGGAGGACAGCUCCGCGCCCCGCUGCCGUCUGAGGCCCCGAGCCCGCCCCGGGGCCUGCGCGGAUGGCCGCCCUGGCCACCUGGGGCCUAGGACGAGGCCUUCUGCCCCCGCCCCGCCCCGCAGUGGCGCGCGGUCGGGUGGGCGUCUCACUAUUUAAAUUUCAUAAGCCUGUUUUACUAGGGUUUUCCGUGAAAGCACACGGCGGCGGGAGCCAGCAGCCUCGCACAGCGCCCGGCGGGGAGCGGGGGGCGGGGCGGGGCGGGGCGGGGCAGGGCAGGCCGGCGCCCCCGCCCUGGGAUGAAAUUUCUUUUCCUUUGAUUGCUGCACAUUAAAGCAGAGAGGGGCGUGUUCACA